AUGCAUUGGGCAAGUGAGGUGAAGACUAAGAAGAAAGGGAAGAAGAUUAGGGCGGGAUUGGAGAGGAGAGGAGAAGCGAGUUUCAGAGAAGUGGCAAAGCUGGGGUUUCAAGUUGGUGGUUCGAAUCAGGGGCGGAACUUAUUGGAAGAGGAGCCUAAAGAGGCAGAGGAGGAUGAAGAAGAAGAUGGAAGAGAGAAAUCUGAGAGAAGCCAGAGCCGGAGUCAGAGGAGACAUGUUUUUGAAGACAUUGAUAUUGAUCAAGUGGAAGAUGGGAAGAAAUAUGAGGAGUUUGGAGGAGAGGAAGAAGAGAAAGGAAGAGUUAGCAUUUGCAUACCACCAAAGAACGCUCUUUUGUUGAUGAGGUGCAAAUCUGGCUUAUGGGAGUCACCACUUAAGAAAGACAAAGAGAAAGAGGAGGAUAGUGAAGAAGAGCAAGAGGAAGAAGAAGGUGAAAAAGACCAGCGGAUUGAAGAAAUGGAGGAAGAUGAAGAACAAGAGAAAAAUGAGGUGCAAUUGGAAAGCAAAACAGAGGAAAUGUUAUCUGAGUAG